CGUGUGCAACGGAAUUUCAGUUCAAUUCAAUUCGUUUAAAAUGGAAGUAGAUUUGGCGUAUGUUAUUCUCGUCGCAACGAUCGUCGGUUUGCUGUACCGUUGGCUCACGAAGAAUCAUGAUUACUUCAACGGGAAACCGGUGCCAGCGCUGGCCGUCAAGCCAAUCUUUGGAAGCACGGCGAGUACAAUACUUCGCCAGGUCUCAUUUACGGGAUUCAUAAAAACACUUUACGAUAAAUAUGCGGGGGUGAAGGUGUUCGGCUUGUUUGACGCAAAUACGCCGAUUUUUGUGAUCCGGGACCCGGAACUCAUCAAAAAGAUUGGUGUGAAAGAUUUCGACCAUUUCAUGGAUCACCGACCGAUCUUUGGUCCGAGCGACAGUGAUCACCCGAAUGUACUGUUCCCGAAGACGCUUUUCGCGAUGACCGACCAGAAGUGGAGGAAUAUGCGGGCCACGCUUAGUCCGGCCUUCACAGGGUUGAAGAUGCGUCAGAUGUUCGAGCUGAUUGUGGAGUGUAGUGAGAACAUGGUGCGGUUCUACCAGAACGAAUCGAGUCAGCCCCGGGUUUACGAGAUGAAGGAUGUGUUUUCGCGGUUCACCAACGAUGUGAUCGCAACGUGUGCUUUCGGGAUAAAGGUGGACUCUAUGCGGCAACCGGAUAAUGAGUUCUACGUGAACGGGAAGAAGAUGAUGGCCUUCAGGAGGAUCAGCGUAAUGGUUCGAAUGCUUGCGUAUCGGUUCAUUCCGAAGAUAAUGAGCAAACUCGGCAUAGACUUCAUGGACCAGGAGCAGAACACUUAUUUCUCGGCGUUGAUUAAGGACGCGGUACGGACGCGAGAGACUCAGGGUAUUGUGCGCCCGGACAUGAUCAAUUUGCUGAUGCUCGCGAGGAAGGGUAUGCUACAGCAUCAGCAAGAGGCUGAGAAACACGAGGGUUUCGCCACGGUUCAAGAGUCCGAGGUGGGGAAGGCUGCUAGCACCUGGGCAAUGACCGAGAAUGAGAUGAUUGCCCAAUGUUUGAUCUUUUUCUUGGCCGGAUUCGAUACGGUAUCUACGUGUCUCAUAUUCCUAUCGUACGAGUUGGCUUUGAAUAAGGAAGUGCAGGAGAAAUUGUACGAGGAAAUCCUGGCAACCCACCAGUCGCUGGAAGGGAAAUCCCUUACGUACGACGCCAUCCAGAAGAUGAAGUACAUGGAUAUGGUUGUGACGGAAUCGCUUCGUAUGUGGCCACCGGUGCCUACGAUUGACCGAAUCUGCGUAAGGAACUACGAGCUGAACGAUGGCGAGGGGCUGAAGUUUACAAUCGAAAAAGGAGCCGGUGUUUGGUUCCCCGCCCAUGGACUGCAGCACGAUCCAAAGUAUUACCCAACGCCGGAGAAGUUCAUCCCGGAACGGUUCAGCGAUGAGAACAAGGGUAACAUCAUCAUGGAAACGUAUCUACCAUUCGGUAUUGGGCCAAGGAACUGCAUCGGAUCUAGGUUCGCGCUGAUGGAGGUGAAGUCGAUUGUGUACCACAUGCUGAUGUACUUCAGCUUCGAGAGGUGCGAACAGACGCAAGUGCCGCUGCAGCUUGCCAAAGGUUUUCUAGCGCUCAGUCCCGAGAAGGGGAUACACAUCCAGUUCCGUCCAAGGAAGGCCGUUUGAAUGGUCUGGUGGUGAUGAUUUUAUUAUUUGUAUUUUCCUAUUUUCCUAUGGGAAGUAAUGAAUUGUGGUUUGUUUUUCGAAAUAUAAUAAAAAAACCUUGAAAAAGAAAAAAAAAUUGUAUAGCGGGUUGUGACGUAAAAUUACGAAAUUAUUUCGGAUGUUGUUAUAGAGUGCAUCCUAAUUUUAGAAAUAACUCUUUGGUAGAACGUUUUGGUGGUCCUGUAAAGCGCCGAUGGUUUGCAUGAUUUUGUAGAAGCAAUUUAUGAUUCAUCCUUACCCUCGCGAGAGUAAUAUACAAACUGGUCAUAUAA